AUUGAACUGAAAACACAUCUGAUAAUGUAUUUUAAACUUUUGUCAGACAGUUCAGGUCCCCUCGCUAGAAAAUUGGCAAGACGUCGAACGAGCGCCGCACCGCAAAUUUUUGUCACAUUACCGCGGCGUAGCCAGAAUUUUUCUGUAAUUUCGUGUGUAAACCAUGUCGCCGCGGCACAAUUAGAGAAUCAGCAUCUGAAACGCACCGAUGCAACAAGUGCUCUCGCACAACACACAAUCACCAAUGGAAUGCUCUCAGUGAUCAUGUGCGUUGUUUAUCUACAGACAGUUCACUCUAGCUUGUCUAAUGUGACCGAUAACAGCCGCUUUCGGGAAUAUUUUUCAUUCAAGAAUCCCAGGUGGUCACGUGAGUUGAGCGAGUGAGGCUUGGCAGGUGUAUAUCGUAUUUUUAGUGUGCCGUGAAGUCUAUUUACGAGAGGUAUCGUGUUAACUAAUAAAUGUGUGGCACUUGACCGAAGUUAAAUUGAUAACAUCGAGAGUGUGGCGCGAUUCGAAGUUGGGUAGUGGGAGAAAUUAACUACGAGGUAGCUU